AUGUCCAAGCACGAGACUGACGUGGGCGUCACCCCGCCCUACGACUCCGAGAAGGGCCCUGCCCACCACACUCCUGGCGAUGGUCAUGUUCCUGAGACCUUCCGUGAGGAUGACUUCAUGACCCGCAAUGGUCUCAACCUCAAGAGUUUCCAGAGACGUGAUUGGGGUACUGGUGGCAGCGAGCUCGAUCGCUCCAUGAAGCCUCGCCAUUUGCAAAUGAUCGCCAUCGGUGGCUCCAUCGGUGCUGGUUUCUUCGUCGGUUCCGGUAGCGCUCUCACCAAGGGUGGCCCGGGCUCUGUCCUCAUCUGCUUCCUCAUCGCUGGUGUCAUGAUCUUCAACGUCGUCUACGCUCUCGGCGAGCUCGCCGUUAUGUACCCGGUCUCUGGUGGUUUCUACACGUACUCUAUCCGCUUCCUGGAUCCUUCCUGGGGUUUUGCCAUGGGCUGGAAUUACGUCUUCCAAUGGGUCAUUGUAUUACCACUCGAACUAACGGUCUGCUCAUUCACGGUACAAUAUUGGAAUAAAGAAAUCAGUACAGCAGUAUGGAUUACAGUUUUCUGGAUCUUCAUCAUUAUCGUCAACGUUUUCGGAACUCUGGGCUUCGCCGAGGAAGAAUUCUUUGCUUCCGCCUUUAAGCUCGUUGCCACCGUCGUUUUCAUGGUCGUUGCUAUCGUCCUCAUCUGCGGCGGCGGCCCUGAGGGAGGCAAGUACGACGAAUACUGGGGCAACCGCCUCUGGAGCGACCCUGGCGCUUUCCAGAACGGUUUCCGUGGCUUCUGCUCCGUCUUUGUCACUGCCGCCUUUGCCUUCUCUGGCACCGAGCUGGUCGGUCUGGCCGCUGCCGAGUCCACCAACCCGGCAAAGGCUCUCCCUGGUGCUAUCAAGCAGGUUUUCUGGCGUAUUACUGUUUUCUACAUCCUCGGUCUUACCUUUGUCGGUCUUCUUGUCAGCUCCACCGAUGACCGUCUUCUGAACUCCGAGAACCCCUACGCCGACGGUGUCUCCCCCUUCGUCUUGGCUCCUCUUGACGCUGGUCUGAAGGGAUACGACAGCUUUAUGAAUGUCGUUAUUCUUGUAUCUGUCGUCUCUAUCGGUGUCUCCUGCGUUUACGGUGGCUCGCGUACCUUGACGGCACUUGCCCAGCAGGGAUACGCCCCCAAGAUCUUCGCCUACAUCGACCGCUCUGGCCGCCCCCUCCCUGCCGUUGUUCUCAACCUUGCCUUCGGAGGUCUUGCCUACGUUCGUCUGGCCUCAUCUGGUGGUGUCGUUUUCGACUGGCUUCUAUCUCUUUCCGGUUUGGCUGCCCUCUUCACCUGGGGCUCCAUCUGCGCUGCCCACAUCCGCUUCCGCGCCGCCUGGAAGGCUCAGGGCCACACCCUUGAUGAGCUUCCCUUCCGUGCCAUCGGUGGAACUGCCGGCUCUUGGCUCGGUCUCUUCCUCAUCUUCAUCUCCCUCAUUGCCCAAUUCUUCGUCGCCAUCGCUCCCCCCUCUGGUGGCUUGGCCUCCGCUGAGGACUUCUUCAAGGCCUACUUGGCUCUCCCCGUCGUCCUCUUUUUCUGGGCUUGCGGUUACCUCUGGAAGCGCCAGGGCUUCCUCAAGCUUUCCCAGAUCGACCUCGACACCGGCCGCCGUGAGCAUGACUGGGAUGAGAUCCACGCCUACCGUGCCAAGGUUGCCCAGUGGCCUAAGUGGAGACAAACUCUUCACAAGGUCUUCUAA